ACGUGCCUGAACAGGCGCUGCUGUCUGCCGCGCGGUUUCGCUGCCGUCCGGGCGCCCGCGCGCAGUCCGCGCAAUCCCACGUCUCACCACAAGCGCCGCCCCGUCUCGCGGAGCGUCUGAGCGUCCCGCGCGCAGGCCCAAGAACCAUGGCCUCCCGCCCGAGCCGCGCGAGCCGCGCGUCCGCGCCGAAGUACGACGACGGCCAGAGUAACGACGGCUCCGAGUUCGAGAAGGAGAGCUCGUCCGAGUCCGAGGAGGAAGAGGAGGAGGAGGUCAUCGUCGAGUCCGACGACGAGCCCCAGAAGAAGCGCAAGUCGUCCUCCAGGAAGCCCGCGCCCAAGAAGGCCCGCACGGAGUACACCAUCGAGGAGCACGAGAAGGGCUCUGUGAACCGACCGACGGAGAACACGAUCACGUCGACGGGCGCUUUUAAUGGAGAGUUCGCCUUCGCGCUCGGCACGGUCUGCUCCGUGCUCUGCGAGAAGACGAACCGCUGGGUCACGGGCCACGUGAUCAUGUUUCAUAGGGGAGGCGUGACGACGAAGUACGCCGUCAAGGCCGUGCGCGUCCUCUUCGAGAAGGCCCAGAACGGCGGCAAGACGCACUACCAGGACUGCGAUGUUACAACUGAGAAGGAAGCUGACAAAAGAUUGGUGCGGUUGGACCUGCCGAAGCGCGAAGUGAGACUGUGGACGUCGGGUUCGCCGUGCAUGCGCGCCUGCGACCUAGGACACGCCGCGGCGUCCAAAGAAAAACCCUUAGAUCCUUCGAGAGGCUUUGGGGCGUCGGCGGAAGCGGCCGCUAGAGCCGCCCAGAAGAAGGACUUUACGUACCAAGGGAAAGGCAGCGAAGGUCUCGCGAAGGCCGAGCAGGAGGCGACCAAAAGAUUAUCAUCGAAGCCGUCCCAGGCCGACGUCGAGGCUUGUCUGAAACUGUUAGGAGACAGCUGGCCGACGCAAGAAAGACCCAACGUGACGCCCGACGGCAAGGCGGUGCAGGGCAUGUGCCUCGGGGCCGUGUUCGUGUUGGGCGGCGUGGGCAUGGCCGUGUCCCAGGUGUCGAGCGCCUACCCGAACCUCUGCAAGCUGAUAACGGGCUGGGUCAAGACCUCGCUCCCCGAGGACUUCCCCUUCAGUUCUUUACAGAUCAACUACAACUACGCGGCGAGGAAACACGUCGACGGGAACAACAUCGGGCCGAGCUACAUCCGAUCGUUAGGCAAACACACGGGCGGCGAACUCUGGACGGCCGACGCGUUCGUGGAAGCCACAGAUGAAGAUACCGGCGAAAAAUAUGUGAAGGGCGGCGGCGGCCAGCAGGUAUUGAUCCCGGCGUCCCGUACGACUCGUGGCCAUCGCACGAUGACGUGGGUGUUUUCUUUUUCGAGUUUGAGCUGUUUCGGACCGCGUCGGGGCCGUCGCGGCGUGUCAGAGAGACCGCAGUCGCGUCGAUGGCGUCUUCACGAGACAGGGCCGCCGCGACGCCGCCCUCGUGUUACCACGAGAGUCUACGUGUCAUCAGGACGCCGUCGGCGCGAUGCCCCAUCGCCGCGGAGACCGCCCGUCGCGCGACCGUCUCUACCAUCGCAGGUCCUGUCCUGCUCCGGCGGCUGGAAGCUGUUCAACGGCAACGCCGAGCACUACACGAAGCCCUACCAAGGGACUCGUAUUAGUUUCAUUGCCUUCAGCCACAACGCCUACAACAAGCUGUCGACGCGCGUCGCGUCCAAGCUCAAAGAGCUCGGCUUCACGGCGGCUUCUGAUGACGGCGUGGACUUACCCUACUUCGCGAAAUAUAGAAUUGACAAGUCCGAGUUCACGCCCGACGAGAAUUCUAAGUAAAGCGCGCGGCGUCCUUCUUUCGCGACCUUCGGCGGGGGCCGUCGCCGCGACCGCCGCGCCCGCAGGUACUUCGCCUACCAGAAGAAGAGGGCCGUGGAAUUGCCGCCGCCCACCAAACCCAACCGCAUCUCAAUCGAGUGCUACGGCCUGACGAUGGCGCGCGGCGGCGGCUGGAUCGGUUCUUGUCUGUGUGGAAAGCAACAUUUUACGGCGCGUUCCACGCCAUCGACGGGAAACCUGCUCGAUGGCGUGGCGAUGCCGGUACCUCACCGCUCGAUGGCACCCGACACACUGGUCGAUUUCCACACAGGUUAUUGUGAUGCGAGCGGCAAGCAAACCGUGCACGAAUUGACCCCGAACAUGACGGGCUUCCACGUGCUCGAGCUCGAUGUUCAUGCCACGAAAGGGAUUUCAUUGAUCAAUGCCUUUGUGGACCGCAAGCGCUUCGACAUCUACGGCAAGACGGAUUUGGAGGUGGACCGGUUCAGCUCCUUCGUGAAGAAGCUGCCUGCUGGUAGGGUCGUGGCCAUCGCCAUCACGGACACGGCCGUGGCGGCCAAGCGGCCGCCCUCCGAUAAACUAUAUGACGCGCUGCGGUUGCUCGGCGCCCCGGCCCAGAUGGAGAAGAUCGGCUACCGCUUCCCCUUCGCGUUCCUCGGCGUCAAGGGUGGUACAGGGCAUCUACUGAUGGACAAGACGAAGUUCCUCCUGCGCAUCGACGCGGCGCUCGGCGCGAACGGGGUGAUCUCGGACGUGACGACGGAGAAGACGGACGUCACGGCGAAGGUGAUCCUCGCCUCCGCGGGGAAGAAGUGACCGUGGUCCUAAGUAUCGGCGCUUUCGGGUUUCUUUACUCUUCGCCCUCACGUGAGCUGAGAAAACCCGCAUGACAAAACCGCCUCCGGGCUUGGUCCGACGACGUACCAAGCCAGACCUGUGGAGACGAAUACCGUGUUUUACGGGUCGUGAGGAGACGUCUCCGGAAGGAACACCGGGCAUUGCGGCAUAGGUGGACCGGACAUUGAGAGAGAUAUAACGAGCCAAGAAAAAGCCCCAGCCAGAAGUGGCCAUCUGCGUCAGUUCCACCUAUUCUAGACUACGCCCAGAGCGCUUGACUACACCCUGCGAGCCCGCGAGAGAGAUGAAGCAAAUAUCUGGCUUGAGGAGCUUCGUGGUCUUAGAGCGCGGCGCGCGGUGGCGCUUCCCUACGAGUUCCGCGGCGGUUUCGGUGGACGCGCGGCGUCCUCCGCCGCACCGAUGAAUCGUACGAGGGAGCCGUGUCGCCGCCGCGCCGACUAUUCGUCGGCGCGGCGGAGAAGCGCCGCAAACGAGUUCGGCCCACCUGAUGCUCCCAGGUGGACCGUGCACGCAGAGCGAUGAGGACCUGUCAGUGAUGACGAUCGGGUCCGACCGACGGUGCCGAAGGCCCAAACGCAGCAGCCUACCGUGCUGCUGCCGCGCGCGCACUUGACGCGCGCAUCAAGGCGCAAAACGGCAAAGAGAGGUAGGCGAUGUUGCCGUGCGCUCCAAUCGGGUCCAAAUUAUUUACUUUUUUCGGAUGUAGAUCGGCUCGCGGGCUCCCUCGGAGAUGGGUCUGGGGUCGGGUAGUCUCCGAAACCGCAUGCGCCGAUUCUUGGGGCUCUCCAGAGAGCUCUGGAUCCAAAACUUGGGGGGAUCAUGGUGGAGACAUCUGGGCAGCUGAGAACCUGUACUGAUAUGUAUCCACCGAUGGAAGCGCCCGCGCAUGCGGCGUAGGCGAUUACACAUGUCUAGUACCGACCCUAGGCGACCCCAGGGAGACCUCGGGGCCACGAUCUUGACAGGAUUCCACCGGUGCGGCC